AUCAAAUAUACGCGGUUUCUUGUCUUAUAUAAACCUCACGUCAAGCGUUUAAUUUUUUGCUUCAUCUGAAAACACAAGCGUUUCAUUAACUAGGUUUUCCUUCUUCCGGCGUGCAUUAAUUAGAUUGAAGUCCUCCACAUCAAAAUCCUGAAAUUUCGAUCGGUCAGAUUCACAGAGUUAAGAUGACGACCACAGACGCUUCAGCUUUCGACUCCUGUUGUUACCAUCACAAGAAUGAGAAUGAUGGCGACUACGGUCUCCAUACUACUGCAACAAAAGUCAAACAACUGUUUGAAAGCCUUUGCAAGGAAUUAGACAUGCAAUAUCCAACAGAGGAAGAGAGACACAAGCGCUUCGGCAUCAAAGCUUGGGCUGAAAUACCCAAGCCUACCCCGUUUGUAGGAGGCGCAGCCGAUUGUUUUCGCAAACUUCCUAAAGAAAUUCUCGAGUCUGAAUUUCAACGGUGGUGCGAUGCAUAUUCCGUAUCAUAUCCAUCGGAACCAGAGAAACUCUACAGGUCCCGUGUCUUCAAGGAAAACUUUGCAUUGAUGGGAAGCAUGGCUUGUACGCAAUACAUACUCCAUCAUUUUCGUGGGUUCGGCGUUGGGAGUUAUGCUGAUCGAACCUUUGAUGAAAUGAAACGCCUAGAGGAGGAAAAAGCCACUGGAUAUGGUUCUUUUCUGUGUUUCAUUUGGAAUAAAUUGAUAUAUAUUUUUUCUGGGAGAGGGCUAUAAUUCAGAAUCUUCGCUGAUUAUUGUUUUAAGUAUUGCACAACAUCUUAAAUCGGUUGGUGUUGAUGGUAUGAUGAGAUUUUAUACCAUUUACCUCAUUGUAUCAACUAUUCUCUUUUUGUUUCAGUUCUGGAUAAAUGUUGAAAUUCUGCUAUUUGGUUGAACAA